AUGGCUUCCCGAAAGUACACCGUCGACCAGCUCUUGGCCUUAAAGGGCUCCAAGCAGGAGCUGUCCAUGGAGAAAGCGUUGUUCGAGACAACCAAAGACAGCCAAGUCCUCUCCCACAUCAUGAACCACAGAGUUCGCUACAGAAGAGGCCUGCCUUCCUUGUCCAGAGCAGCCAAUGCCGAGGCCCGCAAGUCGUCUUCUACGGAAUCGGAGACUGUGCCCAUUGUCAAGACACAGGCUCCUCCUCAACUCCCCGAGCAAGCCUUUGUCGCCACUGUCGCCGCUGCUGAUGCCAACCAGCUCGAUGGUCAGGGCAGCCGCCAACUCGACGGACAAGAUGCCGAGCCCGAGAUUCUGGCCCCCGAGCCAGUAUCACAGCGACCGACCCUGCCUGACCAGAAGCGGAAAGGUUUCGAGCAGUUCUACGAGGCCGUACGAUCUCCUACGCAUGUCCGCGUGACUGCUGGCGGAAGAAUUGUACCCAACACUCUUGAUCCCUCCCACUCAUCGCCCACUGGCAAGGGCAGCAAGGAGAGACUUACAGAGAACAAUGGUCAGUUGCCUUUCGGUCAGGCUCAAGCUCCCAACAUGCCAUUCCUUCCUGGUCACCCGAUGAUGGCUCCCAUGCAGCCUGGUAUGCCGGCGAUGCCGAUGCCUAUGCACCCCGGCUACCUCAUGACACCUCCCUUUGGCGGCCAAUGGUUCUUCCCUCCUCACCCCAUGAUGCCUAUGGGCAUGCCGUUCCCUGGCCCAAUCAUGGGCCCUCUUGGCCCUGUUUAUCAGCAGCAGCCUCCCCCUACGCCCAUGACGGCCGGCAUUCCCCAGACCGCUCCCACCCCGACCCCCACCUCUGGUGACGCCACUUCUGACCAGUACCUCUCGAGCAUUCGACCUAGUAUCAUCACAAAGAACCAGCUCGCAGGCCUCCGCACCAGUCUCAAGAAAGCUGAGGCACAGCUGGCAUACAAUCGUCACCAAAUCGAUGAGCGACACAUGGAGGAGUACGCACGCCAGCUUCGGGGGGAUAUUCAGCACUUCGAGCUCAAGCUCAAGGGGGAGCUGGCUCGCGAGGCCGGCAACAACUUGGGUCGUGAAUACUCGGCGGACAAGACUGAGGACAGCGCCGACGCCAAGACCAAGAGCGACAGCGAUGACAAGCCGAAGCCUCGCAAGAGGGAGAAGGUCAAGCUAACUGUCGACACCUCUUUCAAGCCUUCUCUGCUGCCCUCUGCGGCUCUGGCUCCCGUCUUCCAGCCGCAGGCUGAGAGUAUCCGUGAGACUAGCGUAUCGAUCCAGCGAAAGACAGUUCAAGACAAGCCCAAGGAUGCCUUCAACGGUGGUAGGUACCACGGCCCCAUUCCCGCCAAUUUGGAGGAGAGCCGCUAUCUUUCCAUGCCCCCUACGCCAGCCGACGACGCGUUCUCCAAUUUCGCCCGUGAUAACGCGGGCCUGGGACUGCCCUAUCUUGUUGGGGAGGUGCCUUUCGGACUGGACCCUAGCCCUGAUCUUCGCGACUACAUCUACCAUCGCUCUCUUACGCAAGACGAGGAGAUGGCCAAACACCUCUUUUGGACCGAUGCCCCCGUGCACCUGCGCAAGAAGUUCCCCAAGUUCGAUGGCAAGGACUUCUACCCAGUCUCUCCCGAGAAGCAGCCCCGGCCCGAAGGAAAUGUCGUCGAGAAGCUGCCCACGGGAAGACCCGAGAAGGACUACGGUUUCUCGCUGCCUGCCGCUACUGACCUGGAUCCGUUCGCGCCUCUGGAGCCAUACCGCAAUGUGUUGAAGACCAGAACCGUGUCGGCCCGCGAGCGCGACCAGAAGCGAGCUACAAAGUCGGAUAAUGUGACUUCUCCCAUGAAGCCUCGCAGUGGCAACAAGCUUCGCCCGGUAGCUUACUUUAACAGCCAAGGUGUCGAGUCGAAGGAUAGUUCCGGCUCGUCUGACCAGAUUGGCGAGACGGAGUCAGAACGGGCGUACUUCAACUCUUGCGUUCGCGCCUGGUCUGAGCGAGUGACUGCCACUGCGGCCGCUCUUCCCGGCGCCGUCACGUCAGAGAAUGCCCAGGGUUACCUUCCGCAAUACUCCAUCGGCCACGCUGCCGCUUCACUUUCUCCUGCCAUUGUCAAGGCCGCAGGACAGCCUGUCCGCUUGUCUCCUGCUAAGGCAAAUGACAAUGACAAUCUUCAUGCGGCGCUUAGCCGCCUGGCUAUCUCAGCCGAUGGUCGGCCCGAGAACCAGCCUCCUCAUCGUUCCAUUAUCAAGGCAUGA